CCUAUCAACACAAUGCCGUCAGACGCAAAGAAACGUGCGCAACAAAAGAAAAAGGAACAGGCAAGUAAUAGGAACAAAAAGCCUGUGGCGAGAGUAACUAAUGAGGAGACGAAUGGAUCAACCAACGGUACUAAAGAAGACCGAGAGUUGACCGCUGAAGAGGCAUUAUGCUUAAAGUUAGAAGCUGAAGCGAAAAUGAAUUCAGAAGCACGGUCUUGUACUGGCUCCCUUGCUGUGCAUCCUCGUUCAAGAGAUAUAAAGAUUGCCAAUUUUUCAAUUACUUUCUAUGGUAGUGAAUUGCUUCAGGAUACUUUACUUGAACUCAAUUGUGGUCGAAGAUAUGGCCUCGUUGGACUUAAUGGAUGUGGAAAGUCAUCUUUAUUGUCCGCGCUGGGACGCCGUGAAGUGCCUAUACCGCAACACAUUGAUAUUUUUCAUUUGACUCGGGAAAUGCCCGCUUCUGAUAAAACUGCCUUGCAGUGUGUAAUGGAGGUGGAUGAAGAACGGAUUCAAUUAGAAAAACUCGCUGAGGAAUUAGCUCAAAGUGAAGACGACGAGGCUCAAGAGCAAUUGCUGGACGUGUACGAUCGUUUGGACGAAUUGAGCGCGGACACGGCCGAGGCACGCGCCGCUAACAUUCUGCACGGUCUCGGUUUCACAAAAGAGAUGCAGCAGAAAGCUACUAAAGACUUUUCUGGAGGUUGGCGUAUGCGUAUAGCGUUAGCACGCGCGCUGUACGUGAAGCCGCACUUGUUGCUGCUGGACGAGCCGACCAAUCACCUCGAUCUCGACGCCUGCGUCUGGCUCGAAGAGGAACUAAAGCAAUACAAGCGAAUCUUGGUACUCAUAUCCCACUCUCAGGAUUUCCUGAACGGUGUGUGCACGAAUAUCAUUCACAUGAGCAAGAGAAGGCUCAAAUACUACACAGGUAACUAUGAAGCAUUUGUGCGCACGCGUAUGGAACUACUCGAAAACCAGAUGAAACAGUACAACUGGGAACAAGACCAGAUCGCGCAUAUGAAGAACUAUAUCGCGCGGUUUGGUCACGGUUCCGCGAAGCUGGCCCGCCAGGCUCAGUCCAAGGAGAAGACGCUGGCAAAGAUGGUCGCCCAAGGUCUAACUGAAAAAGUGAUCGAUGACAAAAUACUGAACUUCUACUUUCCCUCCUGUGGAAAGGUUCCACCCCCCGUUAUUAUGGUUCAGAACGUAUCGUUUAGGUAUACGGAUAGUGGACCCUGGAUUUACAAAAAUCUCGAGUUUGGUAUCGAUCUAGAUACUCGGCUCGCUCUUGUGGGACCCAAUGGUGCCGGCAAGUCGACGUUACUCAAAUUACUCUACGGAGAUCUCGUACCGUCAACGGGUAUGAUUCGUAAAAACUCUCACUUGAGAAUCGGUCGUUACCAUCAGCACCUGCACGAGUUGCUUGAUCUCGACCUUUCUCCGUUGGAUUAUAUGCUCAAGGAGUUUCCGGAGGUACGGGAGAGAGAGGAGAUGAGAAAAAUCAUUGGACGUUAUGGAUUAACCGGCAGACAACAGGUGUGUCCGAUGCGUCAGCUAUCCGACGGGCAGCGAUGUCGCGUCGUGUUCGCUUGGCUCGCGUGGCAGACCCCGCAUCUAUUGUUGAUGGACGAACCUACUAACCAUCUCGACAUGGAGACGAUCGACGCUCUCGCGGAUGCUAUCAAUGAUUUCGACGGUGGUAUGGUAUUAGUCAGCCACGACUUCAGACUGAUCAAUCAGGUGGCGGAAGAAAUUUGGAUCUGCGAAAACGGUACCGUCACGAAAUGGCAAGGAGGUAUUCUCAAAUACAAGGACCAUCUGAAAUCGAAAAUUCUACAAGAUAAUGCAGAUAAUGCUGCCAAAUUUCGCAAAUAAAGCAAUAAAUAGUUAAUAAAUAAUUAGUUAUAAUAGUGUUCAUGUAACAGCCGUCUUAAACACCUUAAUAAAGUUAAGCUUCUUUCAAAUCAACACUUCUAGAGAUGAUAGAUUUUCUUGUCUUUUUAGAUUGUAUGCAUAAAAUUGUGAAAUUUACCACAAGUAUUUAAUGCUUAAUAUACAUAUUUUUUAAACAG